AAUGAGGCCAAUCUUUUGUGGGAACUUUGAGUAUGAUGCAAGACAGACUGAGCUGGAACGGCUUUUCAAACGAUACGGGAGAGUUGAACGGGUGGAUAUGAAGUCUGGAUUGUCUUGGAAAAUCCAUACUCUCCCCGGCUAAUGGAUGGCUGUUCAGAAUUCUGUUCCUUUCCUGUGAUAAGCAUCUUCUUGUUUUCAAGAAGAGUCACUCUCAUCCGCAAUGGCAGAACCAUGCCAAUUUUCCUCAGACACCAUUGCCUUUCAUUUCUCAUGACUUUUGCCCAGCCUUCAAUUCCAGACAUGUUUCAACAUUGAAACAUUGUCAACCUCACAGCAGAGGCAGCAGAAUAGAUGGAGAAGGCACUCUAUUUUCAUUGACCCACCAUGAGACAUCCACAUUUGGAUUCUAGUUCCUUGACAUGACUUAGUUCAUCUCACACAAGGAUUUGCUUUUAUCUAUAUGGAAGAUGAGAGAGAUGCUGAGGAUGCUAUUCGAGGACUUGAUCGUGUAGAAUUUGGUCGCAAGGGCCGCAGACUUCGUGUUGAAUGGACAAAGCAAGAACGUGGGAUUAGAAGGCCUGGUGGCACAUCAAGAAGAUCAACUAAUACAAGGCCUUCUAAGACGCUAUUUGUCAUCAACUUUGAUCCACAUCAUACAAGGACCAAGGAUUUGGAGAGGCACUUUGAACCUUAUGGGAGGAUAGUGAGCGUAAGGAUAAGAAGAAAUUUUGCAUUUGUUCAGUAUGAAGCACAAGAGGAUGCCACCAAAGCACUGGACGCCACAAACUUAAGCAAGCUGCUGGAUCGAGUGAUUUCAGUGGAAUAUGCAGUUCGAGAUGAUGAUGAAAGGAAAGAUGGAUACAGUCCUGAUAGAAGUCGUGAUAGGUCACCAGAUAGGCGAGGACAUGAUAGGAGGCGCUCUCCAAGUCCUUACCGGAGAGAGAGGGGAAGCCCUGAUUACGGCCGUGGCCCUAGUCCAUAUCGCAAGGAGAGGGGUAGCCCAGAUUAUGGUCGUCGCCGCAGCCCUAGCCCCUAUAGGAGAGAUAGGGCUAGCCCUGACUAUGGCCGGGGCACAAGCCGUAGUCCUUAUAGGAGAGAGAGGGCUGGCAGUGAUCAUGGCCAUGGCCCCAGCCGUAGUCCUUACCGCAGGGACAAGGCUAGUCCUGUCAAUGGUAGUCCUUACCGCAGGGACAAGGCUAGUCCUGUCAAUGGUCAUGGCCCCAGUGAUAGUCCUUAUCAAAGGGAAGAAAGGAUUAGCCCUGAAAAUGGUCGUGGUCCAAGCCGUAGUCCAUAUCGAAGAGAAAGGUCUAACCAAGGCCAUGGUCGUGGUUCCAGCCAUAGUCCAUAUGGAAGAGAAAGGCCUAACCCAGACAAUGGACGUGGUUCCAGCCGAAGCCCCACUGAAAGAGAUGGAGAUAGCCCUGAAAAUGGUCAACUAAGAAGCCCGAGCUCCAUUCCUGAUGAGAGGGACAGUCCAAAUGGAGGAGCUGAAAGCCCCAUGCGAGGGAGAUACCGCAGCCAAUCACCCCCAGCUGAUGAAUGAUGCUUGAUCCUGAUGGGUCUGAAGCGUCCUCUCCUUGCUUCUUUCGGUUUGUCAUUUUGGUGAAACUAGGUUGACAAUCUCCGUAUAAGCCUGCCCGCCUUUUCUAUCUCAACUAUUGCAGUAGGCGAAAUGCAACUUGUAAUGCAGGGCCCAGUUUGUAGUCUUGUGCUUUCAAAUUCUAUGUGGAAACUCGGUGUACGCUUGUUGCUGGUUUUAUGAACUAGAUAGAAACCAUUUAUGCUAGACUUGUUGCUUGUGCCUUUGCUUC